ACCCCACCCACUGAGGAGCCACCAGGUUUAUGAUUGGUCAACAGCUUUUUGUGUUAAAGUGCAACGGUUUAGGGAAGAUGAUCAGUCACUCUGCAUUCUAACCAGUUGUAUGAGCAUGGAGCAUGGAGCUGCUUGUCAUGCCAAAUGUCGAUCCUACAAGUAACUCCAUGUCCACGAGCUUUGACCAGACAUUGGAAGAAAGCCUACGAGAUGACCUGCGAUAUUACUUCAUGAGUCCCUGUCAGAAAUACAGAGCACGGCGACAGCUACCAUGGAAGUUGACAGUACAGAUUUUAAAAAUAGCCAUGAUUACAACUCAGCUUAUUCUCUUCGGGCUUAACAACCAGCUCGUAGUGACCUACAAAGAAGAGAACUUGAUGGCCUUCAAGACUUUGUUCCUGAAGAGCUACAGUGGUGUGGAAGAGGAUGACUAUAGUGUAGCUGCCUAUACUAAACAGAGUGUCUUUGACCAUCUAUACUACAUCAUAGAUCAGUACUCUCAGUUAGACCAGCUGUCUGUGGGCUCUGUCAGCUAUGCCGAGGAGGAUGGAAAGCUACUUCCUUUGGUCAUCUGUAAAGAGUACUACAGACCGGGUAGCGGGAAGCAUUCUGAAGAAACCUACAAUAUAGAUGCCCAAACUGAGUCAGCUUGCUUAACUUUGGAUCCCAGAUCUGCUGCAACAUGCACUACUAGAAAUGCCUCUUUUUUUGAGAUUGACUUUUGCAGACUUGUCACUAUUGAAAUCUCAUUCCGGCUUAAUGGAAUCAACCUACAAACUGUCCUUUCACAUGAGUUACCUGAUUGUUACACUUUUGCUGUUUUGGUUACAUUUGACAAUCGGUGCCAUAGUGGAAAAGUGAAAAUUACCCUUGGUAUCGAUGCUGUUAGCAGUGCAUGCAAAAACUGGAAGAUUUCAGGAACUGCUCAGAAGAACACUCACUAUCUUCUCAUUUUUGAUGCUGCUGUUAUCCUAGUGUGUCUGGUCUCUUCUGUGCUUUGCGUUCGCUCUAUAUUUCUUGCAAUUAGAUUACUUCAGAGAUUUUCCAAGUUCUGUGUUCGGAAGUACAAUAAUAAAGUAUGUGAGGAUGACCAACGAGAGUUUUUAAAUGGCUGGUACAUCUUGGUAAUUAUCAGUGAUGUUAUGGCAAUCAUAGGGUCAAUACUGAAGAUGGAAAUUCAGGCAAAGAGCCUGACAAACUAUGAUGUGUGUAGCAUCUUUUUAGGAACAUCCACACUCAUGGUCUGGGUUGGGGUCAUCAGAUAUUUAGGUUACUUCCAGAAGUAUAAUGUUCUUAUCCUUACUAUGCAGGCAGCCCUACCCAAGGUUCUCCGCUUCUGCUGCUGUGCAGGAAUGAUUUAUCUGGGCUACACUUUCUGUGGGUGGAUCGUUUUAGGGCCCUACCAUGAAAAGUUUGAGGGUCUGAGCCGCGUGGCCGAAUGCCUCUUCUCCCUGGUGAACGGGGACGACAUGUUCCCGACGUUUGCCGAAUUCCCGCAAAAGAACAUCAUGGUGUGGCUGUUCAGCAGGGUCUACCUCUACUCUUUCAUCUCCCUCUUCAUCUACAUGGUGCUCAGCCUUUUCAUAGCUCUCAUCACAGAUGCUUAUGAGAGUAUCAAGCGCUACCAGAAAAACGGGUUUCCCAUGACAGAGCUGCAGCUGUUCCUGAGUGUGAAGAAAGAGGUCCCAGAGGGGGAGGAUGUAGAAAAUGGAGAGGAAGGCAGCACCCAUAGCGUCUCCUCCUUCACUAUGCUGUGUGGCUGCAAAAGAGUUUCCAAAGACGAUUGCACCGUUCUCAUCAGCUGAUAGAGAACAACCAAAUGAUCUCAGGCAAGGCUGACUUCAGUGGAAAAAUCUGUGAUUACAGACUCUUGUGCAUUUCAAAAUGCUUCCAUUGUACUGUGUAUAAUGUAUACCAUCUACCCUAUAGUUUACAUGUAAAUCCGGGAUGGGAACAUAACGCGCAUUAGCCAAAUGAAGAAGACGAUCAGUAACAUCCAUGAAGAGGACUAGAAUAUAAUUAAGGCUCAGGAGUAAAAAAGAUUUACCGGGAAAUUCAUGUUACGAAGAAGCGCAACGUUACCCCUGCCGUAUGUUACAAAUGCAGGAAAGGGGACUAUUUUCUGUUUGCUCAUUAACAGAAGUAAACUGCUAAAUCUAUUUCAAGGAAAUAGCUCCAAUGCAAUGCAUGAACUAUUACCCAGAGGUUAGAUAUUGUUAAGAAACUUCAGCAAAUGGAUUGUAUUCAGCAAGUUUAAUGAUUGUACCUUGAAGAAGCUUAUAAACUCUGGCAAAAAUGA